AGAAGAAGAAGAAGAAAAAGAAGAAUCAGAGGCAGACGAAGAAGACCAAAGUAAUCAUGGGGCUGGACGGGCUGAAGUCUACUCCUGGGUCUGAGUCCGAGGAGAGAGUGAGCCAGUUUAAACCAGGAGCUCAUGCGUCUCUACCCAAACACUCGUACUGGUUUGACUUCUGGGUGUUCGUGCUCUUCGACAUCGCCUUCUUCCUCUUCAUGUAUUUCAUUGUCCCGUAACCAGGUUUGUCUCCUGGACUGUGGAGCCUGAAGACACUGAGCGCUGGUCCUGCCCUGUCGUGAGGAAUGCUAACCGAGCUUUGACUGACUUUUCCUGCUGCGUUAUCUGACACAACACAUCGAGGUUCCACGCCUCGCACCAUGUGCCUGCAAGUUUUAUACACGUAGCCUCCUGCUUUCAUAUCAGAGAUUUGAACCACACAACUCCCUCCUCCUGUCACCUGUUGCCAGCUGCUGUUACAUCAUGGGUGGAUUUAUUUGUUGCCACGUGGAAAAAGGAACAAUUUAAGUAUUUAUAUUAUUGAAAAGUGGCAAUGGCAUCAUCAGGACUUGGAAAUGUCCGGAAAUUCAAAUGUAUGUUAUGGAUUAUCACUAAUAUCACUAAUAUCGAAUUAUCCUAGUGGAGUGAAGCUGUGCAAUGUUUUUGAUGAAGAUGACACUGAAAUCAGAAUGAAUGGGGACACAGAAAAGAUCAAUCUCAAAUCUUAAAGGUUUGAUGAGAUCAAGAUGAUCCAGUGUGGGGUCACUUAGGAGAAAUAACAAUUUCAGUGCACUGAAAUGUUGACAGUUUGCACAGUGAAGAUACUGCAAAUAAACAGUUUAUACCAAUCACUUAGUAGCACUCAUUUGGUUUUAGUUUGGUGUUAUAGUUCAAGUAUCUAUCAUCAUAUAGUUAAUGUUCAUGCUUUGAUGACUUACUUCUGCUGUUAAAUCUGUUAUGUCCUAAAGUGGUUAUUGGUCUUUAUCAUAUCAGAAACAGUGUCCCAGUGAGUAUAGUUGAGUGCGAGCAUUGCUAAAUCUGAACGAUGCAUCAAGAAAGUCCUGAUCUCAAGUCUCUCUCAGUUGAAAUAGUGAUUUAACAUAUAGGCCGACAUUUUUAUAUAUUUUUCUUUGUUUUGAUCUGUUAAGUUUUAUUAAUCAAGUGUGAUCUGUCUUUUUUAUCAUUUGCUAACUUUGCAUUUCUAUCUUAUUUUGUGAAACACCAGGGUUCUUGAAAGGCACUAUAGAUAUAAUAUUUAUUGCUAUUAAUAUUAUUAAAGUGAGUUUAUAAGUUAGUAGUUAAUCACUUAAAAUGCCACAAGAAGGCAACAACCAUUAAUACACUGUUAAUUGUGUUGCCGCCAUUAGCUGCGUACAUUCAACAUUGAUUUAUUUAACAAUUUAAUUAUAACUGUCUGCUUUUCUUUUCUUAUUAUUACAAACCAAUUCUGAACAUUUUGGAUUUGUGAUUUGCUAAAUCGAAUUGAGCCCCUAUGGGAAGUUGUGUAUCAUGUAUCUGACGCCACCAAGUACCACCACAGACUGUCCAGCAGCUCACUGACGCCCUGAUCUGAGAGCAGCUCCUCCAGGACACCAACCGCUGACUCAUCUGGUGCCUGCCAGAUUUUGUCGGGAGACACUACUCAGUGACAUUAUGAGUUACUGUGAUGAAAGCAUGAACAAGAGUGAGGUGAAAUAUCUGUCACCUCAAGGAUCUCAUUUGUAAUUAUGUUUAAUAUGAGCUAUAAUAUGAGUUAUAUGGCAAGUGCCAUAAUGAAUGGAUCGCCAUGGAUUUUUUGACAAAAUGUUACUUUAAAAUCUUCUGACACUUGGCAUACAGAGAGUUGGGGUCCCUCUAAAACAUUAGUAACGUGAAUUAUCUGUGUCAACUUCCGAGUACUUCUUUUAAAUAAUACUUAGAACAAACAAGUUGAGUGCCCUAGUGAAAAAGUUGCCAACUUUACUGUACAUAUUCAUAAAAACAUAUAUAUAAUACACCAUCGCAUUAUACUUGUUAGCACCUUGUGUGGAACUCAAUCCUCCAUAAUGAGUGACAUCAAACUUUCUAUGUUUGUCUUCAGCUUAUGUUAAACUCCAAGUACCGUAAGAUCCAAAAUAGACGCGCAUCAAAUUUCUAAGUGUGGCUGGAGUCAGCCUGCAUUCACACACAAUGAACCACAUGACCUCAGUGUAGUUCCCCGUUGACUGUACAAGCCACGUUAUAUUGUGUGAGUGAUGGAGAAGACCGGCUGCUCCUCUCUGGAAAACACAGACGUCUUCCUGCCACUGUCCUCACUGAGGCUGCUGGUCCCUCCUCUGCGGCUGCUCUCCGCCGCGAUGUGGCAGGUGGCUCAGCGGAGGGACCACCUCGAUUACGAAAAGCUGGACGAGUUUGUGUCCCUGGUGACGGCCACGGUUCCAGACCUGCUCAGUCCAAAGCAACGGGGCAAACUGCUGCUCCGGCUGCGAUCCAGAAUUAUUCUUGAGCUGUGUAGAAAUGAGGAAGCAGACGACAUGUCACGUAUACAGCCGCACCUAGAACGAAUCCGCCAACCAGGACACACAGGGAGUGGAGAUGCAGAGGUGGAUGCGGAGGAGGCCAUUUUUGUGGAGCUCAUCCAAACACUCCUCAAAGACCCAGCAGAGAGGAAACAUUUUUACCAGGAGGUUUUUCCAGCAGAAUAUGGUCUCAGCUACGACACAGACAUGCAGCUGCUCGUGUGGGAGCUUCUUUCCAAACUGGAGAAACUUCUGCCAGUACCAGACCUCGGCCAGACGGUUUCAUGGCUGACCUCUGCCCCCUCAGUACUGAGGGACUGCCUGCAGGUGCUCUCCAACCCCGAUGACCUGAGGUCUCUCCUUCAACACCAUAAAAGCCUUGAACACCUCGGUGCAGAAGGAACCACUGUGGAGAUGUCCACCCAGGUCUUUGCCUGCUCCGAGUGUCCAUUCUUUCACAUGCAGGAGUCCUACCUGCUGCAGCACAUCGAGCACAGUCACCCAGAGCAAUACGGCAAGUUCCAGAAGGCUGCGGCAACAGCCGAGGUCCCAAAGAAGAAGGUCCAGUGCCCGGAGUUCCCGAAGCCUUUCCCCAUCCACGACAGGCCUGACCCACACACGUGCCAGGAGUGUGGCAAAACGUUCACGCGUGCCUCAGACGUGACUCGUCACCAGCGGACGCACACUGGCGAGCGUCCGUAUACCUGCGAGGAAUGUAAGAGGGGCUUCAAGAACUCCUGGGAUCUGACCAGACAUCAACGCAUUCACACUGGAGAACGGCCCUUCCUCUGCUCCCAGUGUGGCAAACGGUUCACGCAGAUGGGUUUGCUCAAACUGCACUUUGAACGAACGGCCUGCGGCCAGACAUGCAACCCUCCCUUAGACUUAACAACAGAGGUGGUAGUUGCAGAGGAGACACCAGAGAAAGGCAGUGGUCAGUACAAAUGCCAGAAAUGUGGCGAGAGCUUCGGCAGCCUCCUGGAGCGGCUGAGGCACAGGCAGGGACACGUGGUUCGGCGCCAGUACAAAUGCUCCCAAUGUGAGAAGAUCUAUAGCCGGGCGUCGGAUUUAAAGAGGCACCAGAUGAAGCACACAGGUGUGCGGCCAUUUUCCUGUGAGUGCGGCAAAAGCUUCACCCACGUGUGGCUCCUGAAUAAGCACCAGCAGAUCCACAUCAAGGAACGUCCCUACCCGUGUGCAAAGUGUGGGAAGAGCUUCACGCAUUUUCAGAUUCUAAACAGGCACCUGCUGACCCACAACGGCCAGCAGCCUUUCCAGUGCUCCCACUGUGAGAAGAGCUUCACCCAGCUAGCCAGCCUCACACGCCACGAGAGAAUCCACACAGGUGAGAGGCCGUACGUCUGCUCCACCUGUGAGAAGACGUUCCUCACACAGGGAGAGCUGGGCCGACAUCAGCGCAGCCACAGCAGCUUUAGGCCAUUCAGCUGCUCCCAGUGCCCCAAGAGCUUUAAAACCAAGCGUGCUCAGCGCGAACACCUAAACACUCACACCGGGGAGCGUCCGUUUGUGUGCUCACGCUGUGGGAAGAGAUUUGCCAAGUCGACCUCCCUCAUCCGGCAUAACCUGACUCACACAGGAGAGCGACCGCACCAGUGCUCCCAGUGUGGAAAGACCUUCCUCACCUCUGGUGAGCUGCUCCUCCACAAACGGAUCCACACAGGAGAAAGGCCGUAUCCCUGCUCCUACUGUGAGAGGAGGUUCAGGUGCUCGUCCGACCUCAACAUGCACAUCCGGACACACACCGGGGAGAAGCCACACAGCUGUCUGUUCUGUAAGAAGUGUUUCUCUACAUCCACGAGGCUGAAGAGACACAUGCGCACACACAUGGAGAAGGGCACAGCAGUGGAAACAUUUCAUGUUUGAGCAGUCAGGAGCCGAUAGUCUAUUUAUUUUAGCAUUAUUAUUAUUAUAAUAAAAUAAUUAAAACAAUUGUAAUUUUUUUCAUUUUAUAUUCAUAUUGGUUGUGUUUUAUGAAAAUCAUCUUUGCAAAAGUGUUAUGUCUGGUUGUAUGAAGAUAGGAAUGAUUACGUUCUGGCUUCUGGCUUCUAAAUAUAAACCGUUACACAGGAAGACACAGAUAGUGACAUUAAUUUAGCAGUUCACAUCCACAGAAUAAGGAUGAGGAUAAGAGGAUUUUUAUUCAGAAAAAUUCAAACCAAUCUAGUGUUUGUAGACGUCUGCUGAAAUUUGUAAUAACAUCCAAUAAAGUGCUGUAGUAUGUUG